AUGCUCUGUAACAUCGGACAUGAGCUAGGAGAGUACAAGGAACAGAUUCUCACAAAAAUGACUGCAAAAAUCAAAGUGGAAGUCAACGGCCUACAACCACUUUCAAAAGACGCAGUUAUAGAAUUUGAAGGGGGACAAGAAGCCAUCGUUACCUUUGAGUACGAGAAUCUCGGAAAGCACUGCUCCCUCUGUUUCAGCUUAAGCCACGAGGAAGAUCUGUGCCCAGUUAAGCCUCAAACGCUAGACCUACGUGACCCCCCAACAAGACAGACGGAAAGAGGCAGAUUUUCUCCGAUAAAAGCAAACCCGACAAACCACCAACGUCCGUUCAAUCUACGUCAAGACAGACAUGGGAGACCGUUUGGGGAAAGACCGUCUUAUAAGAGAGCCGAGAAUGGCUUUGACCAACUUAGGACCCGGGGCAAAGGACAACCUCUCUAUCAUCAGCGUCCUAGGCUAUCCCCACCACACCCAACGCUGCAACGAGACCCCCCUACUGUCCACCAGUAUGCGCACGGUAGUACCCACACUGAGCCAAAUCGAGGUGGGCAAGGAGAAACACGAAGAACGAACCCACUCAGGACACCGCCUCGUCAGAUCUGGAGAGAGAAACCCCCGACGCUACUAGAUCAACCGGAAGACAUCUCUACAACUAACCAACUGGGACCUCUAGUGGGAAGGAAUCUAGAGAUAGAAGAAUUCAUCCCCCUCCAAAGAGUCAGAUCUGAAGAUGAAAUCAUGUCCUCCCUCCAAGAUGUAACGGUGCAGUACACCAAUGUUGACGACCCCAUCGAAAGAGCAGCACGGAUACAACGAGUCCUCGAGAGUGAAGCUCAGGGUCUAAUGGUGAACACGGCACGGGCAAUGUUCGAGGCACAGAGCCCCCAGCCCUGGAACGUUACCACGGGAGACCGGCUUGGGACCAUCCCGCAGGAAGGUGCAGAGACAGCUACAGCAGACACACGCCCGAUUCAUUUGCAGACGCAAACUAAAAGACCACGAGGCAGACCACCUUCAAAGAAAACUACUCAGCCUACUGAUGCUAAUGAAGCUGGAACAAGUAAGAGGAAAACGAAACAAGCAAGAAUCUCACCGUUCCUGAGAAUCUCCCCCCUGUCUCGUAUCAUUCACACCCGUACUUCCCCGGUUACCCACGGGCAUGGAACUCGACGCAGUAGAGUCACCUUACAUCAAAGCUCGCACGCACCAUCAACCUCAACGGUGAUCCCUCCUUCUCCCACCAUGGUCCCAGCAAUUCUUCACAGAUUGAAGGAAUUGGUGAAAAACCAUGUACCUGACGUAAUUUUCCUCAUAGAGACGAAUAAUAAGGAUGAAGAGAAUAACAGGCUCAUCCCUCUCACCGACUACGCAUCUCGUUUGUUUGUCCCACCUACAGAUACGGGAGGUGGUGGCCUUGCGCUCUACUGGAAACAAGAAAUCCCCAUCUUGAUCCUGUCUUCAUGUAAAACCUACAUAGACACAUCCUUAAACUAUAAAGGAAAUCUCUUCUUUGCUACGUUCAUCUACGGCGAACCAGACUUUUCAUUGAGACACCUAGUGUGGGAAGAGCUCACAAACCUGGGGAUAUCCCGUGAUAAACCUUGGUUCUUGACCGGCGACUUCAAUGAAAUCAUCGACAACAAUGAGAAAUCUGGAGGAAAGCAAAGAACAGAAGCUUCUUUUGGAAACUUCCGGGACUUCCUCUCACAAAGCGACCUCUUUGAUCUACAACACUCUGGAAAUUUCCUCUCUUGGAGAGGUACCAGACACACGCAUCUUGUGCAUUGUCGACUCGACCGAGCUAUGGUGAAUAGCAUGUGGCUACACAUCUAUCCAACCAGCCGGUGCCGCUACCUCAACUUCGAAGGAUCGGACCACAGACCUAUCUUGUCAGAGCUCCAACCGGAAAAAAAGAAAAAGAAAAGCAUCUUCAGAUAUGAUAGAGCAAUGCGGCACAACCCUACAAUCUCUAAGCUCGUGAAAGAUACCUGGAAUAAAUUUGAAGAUGACACAGUGGAGAGACGAAUAGCAAACUGCAGGAAAGCGAUCUCUCGCUGGAACCGAGAAAAUCACAUCAAUAGCCCGAAGAUCAUUGAAGAGGAGAAAGCAAAACUGGAUGAUGCUUUGAGUGCCCCGAUAGCAGACUCGGCUAAGAUCCAGGAAAGCACAGAGAAAUUAGAUGCAGUCUACAAGAAGGAGGAAGAGUAUUGGAAACAACGGAGCAGAUCCCUCUGGCUUGCCCUAGGAGACAAAAACUCGGGUUAUUUCCAUGCAGUUACAAGGGGGAGAAAAGCAGUAAAUAAGUUCUCUGUACUUGAAGAAAGAGAGGGACAACCUGUGUAUGAAGAAGAGGACUUCGUCCGCGUUAUUAGUGCCUACUUCCAAAAUAUCUUCAUUACGCGAUCCCCACAGUGCUCAGAGACAGUGAGCCAAGCCAUCAAACCGUGCAUCACAAAGGAGACAAAUGAGAGACUUAUCGCUAUCCCCUCCAACGAAGAAAUCAGAGCAGCUCUCUUUGCUAUCCACCCUGAUAAAGCACCAGGACCUGAUGGAUUCUCUGCAAGUUGUUUCCAGACAAAUUGGUCAGUUGUCUGCAACAGAGUCACGACGGAAAUCAGAGACUUCUUCAUCACAGGACAUCUACCUAAUUCUAUCAACGAGACCUAUGUCCGGCUUAUACCAAAGGUCCAAUGUCCUAAGCAAGUGGCGGAGUAUAGACCUAUAGCUCUAUGCAAUGUGUUCUAUAAGAUCAUCUCCAAACUCCUCACCAAACGUCUACAACCUAUCCUCUCAGCUAUAGUUUCCGAAAACCAAACAGUCUUUGUCCCCGGACGAGCUAUCUUGGACAAUGUGCUAAUCACACAUGAGACACUCCACUACCUUAAGGGCUCAAAAGCUACGAAAUAUUGCUCUAUGGCCGUUAAAACAGACAUGAGUAAAGCCUACGAUAGGCUGGAGUGGAAUUUCAUCGUUGAAGUACUAGAAAGAAUGGGGUUCCAUGCUAAAUGGAUCAAUUGGAUUUUCCAAUGCAUCUCUACGGUCUCAUAUUCUUUCCUAAUCAAUGGAUCAGCAAAAGGGAGCGUUUUACCUCAACGUGGUAUCAGACAAGGUGAUCCUCUUUCUCCGUUUAUCUUCAUCUUGUGUAGUGAAGUGCUCACGGGCCUCUGCAACAACGCGCAAUUUAGUGGUCUACUACCGGGGAUAAAAGUUGCAAGAGAUAGCCCAAGGAUAAAUCACCUGUUGUUCGCUGAUGAUACGAUGUUCUUUUGCCAAACAAAACAUCAAUGCUGCACCACCUUAGCCUCGAUCCUGCAGAAGUAUGAGGAAGCAUCAGGACAACAAAUCAACAACCAGAAGUCAUCAAUAUCCUUCUCAUCGAAAACACCCCAAGAUAUAAAAGAUAGAGUGAAACAAGCACUUGGUAUUGAGAAUGAAGGAGGUCAGGGGAAGUAUUUGGGACUACCUGAGAGCUUUGGACGGAAGAAAAAGGAUCUCUUCCCCUUAAUUGUUGACUGCAUACGCGAGCGAGCAGUGAACUAUUCCUCACAACGUCUCUCCGCUGCAGGCAAAUUAACACUUAUAAAAAGUGUGCUCUCAGCUAUCCCUACUUACUCUAUGUCAUGCUUCAAGAUCCCGGUUAGCCUCUGCAAACGGAUCCAAUUUGCCCUCACGCGCUUCUGGUGGGACCAAACGCCCGGUGUGCAGAAGAUGAGUUGGACCUCUUGGACAAAGAUGAAAAAGUCUAAAAGCUCUGGAGCCCGAGUCUUACAAGGGAAAUACUGUAAAGACUAUAGCUUCCUAGACGUUCCUACCUCCACUUCAUCUUCGCAUGGCUGGAGAGGAGUCCUCAUUGGCAGAGACCUCUUGGUGGAACAACUUGAGAAGGCAAUCGGAAAUGGACAGACUACUCUGUGGAAUGAUUCAUGGCUAUCACACACCUCUCCGAUACGACCUCUAGGCCCUCCAAAUCUACAAAACAAGAUGCAACUGUAG